GCAUUGCAUUUGCUCCAUGGUGUGAGUGCUGCAGAAACUCCAGGACUGGGCAACGCAUCUCAAACACUCGCCAGCGCAAGAAGUGCGUGCACAAUUCUGGGAUCCCGUGGCUUUGCUGAAGUGGCACCAACAGGGAUUUUGUUGUCUGGUCCAUUCUUGAUCUUCCUUUGUGACUGCUUCACACAGCCAGUCGUCUGUGCCCUGUGACCGGCAGCCAGCUAUUUACAGGUCUGAUGGUACCUGGCAAGCGUUGAACCGUUGUGAGACUUUCCACCCACAGCAACCGUUGUCGAACUGCAACAUGUCACAACCACAGACAAUAUGGGCAUCAGGCACAGAGUGUAUAGCCAAGUACAAUUUCAGUGGCAGUGCAGAACAAGAUCUUCCUUUUAACAAGGGUGAUGUUCUCACCAUUGUAUCAGUUACCAAGGAUCCAAACUGGUACAAAGCAAAAAGCAAAAUUGGUAAAGAAGGAAUUAUCCCUGCAAACUAUGUCCAGAAGAGAGAGGGAGUCAAGUCUGGUGCCAAGCUUAGCCUUAUGCCUUGGUUUCAUGGAAAAAUUACGCGUGAGCAAGCUGAGCGGCUACUCUGUCCUCCUGUAGACGGGUUAUAUUUAGUACGGGAAAGUACCAACUAUCCUGGAGACUACACACUGUGUGUGAGCUGUAGCGGGAAGGUGGAACAUUACCGAAUAAUUUACUCCUCCAGCAAACUCAGCAUCGACGAAGAAGCCUUCUUUGAUAACUUGAUGCAGUUGGUAGAGCAUUACACCGUGGAUGCUGACGGGUUGUGUACACAUCUCAUCACUCCCAAGCUUAUGGAAGGGACAGUGGCUGCACAGGAUGAAUUCUCUCGAAGUGGGUGGGCACUAAAUAUGAAAGAGCUGAAAUUAUUACAGACUAUAGGAAAAGGAGAAUUUGGAGAUGUGAUGUUGGGUGAAUAUAGAGGAAACAAAGUUGCCGUCAAAUGCAUUAAACAUGAUGCAACCGCGCAAGCCUUUGUUGCUGAAGCAUCUGUAAUGACACAACUCCGCCACAAAAACUUAGUUCAAUUGCUGGGUGUCAUUGUGGAAGAAAGUGGAGCACUGUAUAUUGUAACAGAGUACAUGGCAAAAGGCAGUUUGGUGGAUUACCUCCGAUCAAGAGGCAGAUCGGUCCUUGGUGGAGAUUGUCUAUUAAAGUUUUCCAUUAAUGUCUGUGAAGCAAUGGAAUACCUGGAAAUAAAUAAUUUUGUACAUAGAGAUUUAGCUGCUCGCAAUGUUUUGGUCUCGGAGGAUAACAUAGCUAAAGUUAGUGAUUUUGGUCUUACGAAAGAGGCUUCUUCUACACAAGACACUGGGAAGUUACCAGUAAAAUGGACUGCACCUGAAGCUCUUAAAGAAAAGAAUUUUUCUACUAAAUCUGACGUUUGGAGUUUUGGAAUUCUUCUAUGGGAAAUUUACUCUUUUGGGCGAGUGCCUUAUCCCAGAAUGCCUCUGAAGGAUGUGGUUCCUCGUGUUGAGAAAGGUUACAAAAUGGAUCCACCUGAUGGGUGUUCACCGUCUGUUUAUGAGUUGAUGAAACUGUGCUGGGAAUUGGACCCGGGUCGAAGACCAACGUUCCAGCAGUUGCGCACUAAGUUGCAGGAAAUCAGAACUAAGGACGUUCACCUGUGACAGAACCUAAAUGACAUGGAACUUUUUUUUUAAAAACUGCUCAACAUUGAACCAAGAGUGCUGAGACUUUUACAAAGCAAACUUUCAAAAAAAAGAACUCUGCAUAUCAUGGCCUUGUGUUUCAUUCUCCCCUUUCUCUCUCUCCCCCCUCUCCCCCUCUCCCACCCCCAAGUUGUAUACUGCAGCAGCCCAGUGAUCCCCUUAUCCCCACUAGAAAAAGCAUGCUUACACAUCUUUUGUCAGGACCUUCAGUUGCUUGUGGUCUUUGUUUUGUGCCAAGUGCCUCCAGCCAAAAGAUGGUGCUUAUUUGCUUAUCUAUAGUUUGCAACAUUUGUCCUACCAAAAUGUUGUGUCAAAAUGAGGUCUCGUGGUGAAACAUUUCUCUUAACCAACAUAACACAGUUUUGUGUUUGUGUUUUUUUUUUUUUUUUUGCUUUCCCACCUAAAUUUGUUUAUUCGGAUUUUUUUUUUUAAAUACGUAGUUUUUAUAAACGAAAAAUGGAUUUUCAGUUUUAUGUUCUGUGAUGCUCCACUGGUUUGAAGUGAACUCAUUGCAUGUAGUGUGGGAGGUGUACAUUGCAUUUGUUUUAGCUGCCAAGACUGAGAUUAAAAUAUUGAAAUAAACCAUUCCAUAAUGACCAUUUCUAAAUGGCUGUUACGUUUUAAAAUUAGAUUUUUUGAAAACUUGGAAGAAUUUUCCUGCUGUCGUUGUCUUAACCCUGUUGUAGCCUCGUUCAUCUCCAACUGAGGGAGUACUGGAAUGGCUUUGCUCUGGUGUUGCCUGUCUUGCAGGUGCUGGGCUAUAACCAGAAAAUGAAUUCAUGUUUUAUUCCAAAAAGUUUUAUUCCAGGCUUGUUUGUAUAUGGCAAAAUGAUGGAUUUUUGAUUCUUCACCUGUAGAUAAAGUCAGUGAUGCUUGUGGCUGACGAGGUACAUUUGCAACAUGAGAUAUGUGAAAUAAAGGUAGUUAAUUGCACAGAU